AUGGACGCACGGUCGAUGUCGUCUUCGUCGUCGUCGGAGUGGCGGGACUGGUCCUCUCUACCGGAGGACCUACUCCUCCUUAUCCUCGAGCGGCUCCGGUGGUCAAGCCACCCAAGCGUCGCCGCGGUGUGCUCGCCAUGGUGCUCCGCCGUGCCGCCGUCCUACCCGGCGUGGAUCACCCCGCUGCUGCUCAACGCCGCCGACGUCGGCACCACCAACAUCCGGUACUACAGCCCCUAUUUCCACAAGAACUUCGAAAUCGACCGUACGCUGACCGAUCCCGGUGCCAAGAUCUGCUGCUCCGCCGCAGAACACCUAACGACUCUAUGCACGCCGGACGACGUGGUCCUCGACGCCGACAUGGUCUCCGGCAGCAUCCGCGAGCUCCCGCGUCUGCCGGAUAGCAAGUUCAACUUCAUCGUCUAUGACGACGGUGCGUUGCGGACGACGAUGUACGCCAUCGACACGGUUGGGUCGCUGCGUAUAUGUAGAACCGGACUAAAUGAUGACAGCGAGUGGGAUGACUGGGAUUUGGUGGAUAGCCCCGAUGAACAAAUGGUUCCGACAUUGCCGAUCUCCAACCCGGUCUUCCAUGGCGGCAUGCUCUACCUCCUUGGGAAAGAUGGGAGGCUGGCAUUGUAUGACCCGUGCAAUCACGAAAGAGGGUUUGAAAUUCAUGACAAACCCGAGAGCUUUGGGUUCGAAACCGAUGAUAGCUACCUCGUCGAGUCUGAACAAGGCGAGUUGAUGGCAAUCCUCGUUGGCCGACGAGGGACGCCGGUGCAUAUUGUGAAACUUAACGAGGAGGCGAUGAAGUGGGAGGAAGUGGAGAGUUUACAGGGGAGAACGUUGUUUACCGGCACGCUCACGACGAUGAUGAGAAGUGUCAAGAUCAAGUGGAUGCAAAACAAGGUUUUUCUUCCAAAGCUUUAUGACUGGCCUGAGACUAUCCAAGUUAAUCUUGUUCUUCGUGAUGGUGAAUUAGCAUUUGUACCAAAGUCGGGUGGUGAAAAUACUAUUUUGAAAGAUGGUGAGGACUAUAUGGAGAAAAUGUGGUGUUAUGAACCAGGACAAAGACAGGCAAAGAAGUUUUGGGGUACCAAAAGUGUGGAUUAUGGCAUUUGGGUUAAUUUUAGCACUUAG